ACCAAACUUCUUCUUCUUCUUCUUCUUCUUCUUCUUCUCCUCCACAAGAGGAGCAAUCUUCCGAGUCUGACUGUUACGGGAUGGACGCGAGCCACACAAGCGACGCCUACAUCAGUAUCAGCAACGAUGUUAUCAGCAAGUCUCGAAACGACCUCGUUUUCAGUGGAGAACUCGAUGAGUCUGUUCUCAGCGAGCUUCACGCGACUUGGAGAAGGAAGAUGAUACAAGCCGGAGUCAUAAGAGGAACGAUAGAAACAACACCUUUGAUUCAAGAUCCGAAUCCUUUGCAUGGAUAUGAUAAGAAUCAGAGUGGGAUUGACAAGACUGAUGAUCAGUUUCCAUCCACGGAGCUUGCGAUGUCGAUAAAGAAUGAAGGAGAUUACAUUCCUCAGCACGAUGGUGCUUUUGAUGAUAUAAAGCCAAGCGCUUUUGCUUCUCAUGAUGAUGAUGAUGAAAGUUUGAACGAGGAUGAUGAUUAUGAGGAAGAUGAAAUCAAUGACGACGAGGACAUUCCGCAUUUGAUCAUGUGUCAGUUUGAUUAUGUGAAGAAGCGAAAGAACAAGUGGGAGUGCAAACUCAAAGCUGGGGUUAUGCAAAUCAACGAAAAGAACAUUCUUUUCUCAGAGGUCUUGACCAACUUCUUUGUCAAUGGAGGAUUAUUCGCUUGUUCAACUUUGACUUUGACUUGCAUGUCUUUUUUUUGUUUUGCAGACCAAAGGAGACUUUACCUUCUAAGAGAAAAAGAGUUAUGUGAAAGCUGCAACCUCUCUCUAGCUAGACUUUCUACUAAUGUCGAACUCUUAGUAAUGUAAUUAAAUAACGUAUUAUGGCUUUGUUCCAAUUACCUUGGUUGCAAUGGAGUCACAUUUUAUUCUA